UCUACUGAGACAGGAUUCAAGAUGGCAGCUCACAGUGAACACCAACGCGAUCCGGACCAUGAGGAAAAGUUUAGGGAUCAUCAUCGAAUCUGUAUUCCUGGUGAACGCCUUGGCAGUGAAAGUGAAUAUCACAUCGGCCCUGGUACAUAUAGAAAAAAUGGCUUUAUCUAUGCCAGUCUAGCGGGACAUGUUUGCUCCAGAAAAGAGGCUGAGAGUGUGUUGCCAGAGUUGACAGUUCUUCAGCAGGAAAUUCAAAUUACAGUACCAAGACAGAAGUCUUUAGUAACAUGCAAGGUGGUGAGUAUCACAUCAAAGUUCUGUCGUUGUGAUAUCCUGAGUGUAGAGGGCGUCCCAUUGACAGAGACUUUUCGAGGAAUGAUUCGUAAAGAAGAUAUCCGUGCUACAGAGAAAGAUAAGGUGGAGGUGUACAAGUCCUUCAGGCCUGGUGAUAUUGUCCUUGCAAGAGUUCUUUCAUUAGGAGAUGCCCAGUCAUAUCUUUUGACUACAGCAGAAAAUGAACUUGGUGUUGUGCUUGCCAAGAGUGAAGCAGGUGUUCCCAUGGUUCCUACUAGUUGGUGUGAGAUGACAUGUCCAAAGACUCAUGACAAACAACUCCGCAAAGUCGCAAAAGUUCAACCACAGUAUAUUGCUUACGCCAGCUAGCAGAAGACAUACACAGAAACUCUGAACAUUAAACAGCAAUAAUCACCAUGGAAUUGAUUCAUGAAUGAUAUUGUGAGUACAUCCGGUGUCUUCACUCUACUUGGAAACUGACCAGAUAAAUAUGGAGAAAGGAGACCAUUGAAGUACAAAGUUGAUGCUGACCAACUUGAUCGUGAUGCUUCCAACCUGAGAUGACCGUGCAGUAUGUGGUUCCACUCCUGAGAAAAAGCUGUUAAAGCUCAAUACUAACUUGACAAUAAAAUCAACAAGAUCACAGAUUAAAGAUGCAAAUUCUGACUUUUGCCAUUCAUUUGACAAGUGUAAUAUCCGAUUAUCCAUUACCAUAUUCAAUUUUUUUUUCAAAGUAUGGCAAUAAAAUUUGAAAAAAAAAUAUUGAAAUUGCUGCCAAUUGUUCCUCUAGCCUGUGCUCAAAAGGAAAUUUUAUUGCAUGGAUCGGGAAUUUUAAAAGGAGGUAAUUGUUUACAAGGUUGGAUUUUUUUCCAGGAAAGUAAUGUUUGAUUAAUUUCUGGGAUGGAGGGAUAUCCAGAGGAGGAGAAAGAUGUUUAAUAAAUUGGAUAAAGGACCAGAAAUCAAUCUUGGAUGGUGGCUGAUCGGAGCUUUAGGCCAUUUCUCAAGGACAUGACAAACAGUUUCCAGCUCUUCAAUCAACUUGAAAUGGUUGACCUAAUGCAAAAUUAAGUCCAAGGAAGUGUAUGUACGAAGAUUUUGCAAUCUGAAUUCAUAUUUCAAGUCAUGCAGAGAGGUACAUCAAUGAAAUACUUAAUCAUGAUAGGCUGAAAGUUUAAGAUGGGGUUCAUGACUACUUGGACGAAUUGAAUGUGCCAAUACUUUGCUAUCUGGUCGUGUGAUCUAGUCUUAUAACCCGACACUGUCUUAGUUGAGUGGUUACAUCAAAGCGUCCAUCUAAAAGUUAGUUAUAUAUUGUGUGGCAGGGAUUAGAAUUUAAAGAAUACUGCAAAAAAAUUACCUUCUAUACUAAUAAUGCAGUCCAUGACCAUUGCUAAUCAUGUUCCUAUUUUGACAAUAUAUACUGAAAAUGAUUUGGUUGCUGUUAGUUCUCAUGUUCUGUGAUAUAGCUACAGUGGUUGGCAGUAGUCGGCCCAACCAGCACAGGAGAUUUCUGACCACCACUCAUCAUGAAAAACACUAUUUCUGACCACUGCUAAUUUCAAAUGAAAAGUGUUUCAGACACAACUCCUUGCAAAGAAGAAUUGCUCUUGCAUUAAUUUCCAUCUUUUAUCUUCUUUUAUUUUCAUAAUUUACAAUAAACAUUCCUACAUUUGAUAAAUUUAUAUUUGUUUAUUUUCAAAGAUUUGCUAGUGUUAGUUUGUCAUUACAUGAUGUUCAUUCACUUUCGGCCUUAAGAUCAAUAACUCGGCCUUAAGAUCACCAACUCGGCCUGAAAAAAUUUGUAUUGCUGUGAAAUUGAGACCACCACUAAAAGUCUGGAGCUAGAACACUGUAUGUUCUAUUCUUUGUAUUUUUUUUUUGCCUCUUGAAGAAGACAAAUUGAUGUCACAAAAAUACAUGAAGAAAGCAGUGCUUUUUGGUUGAUGAAUAUCUAAUGUUUUUGUCUUUGUGAUUCAAAAGUUAUUCUUAUAUGUUUUAAAUAGUCUGCAUGGCAGGAGCGAACCAAGAUAUUUAGGCACCAACACUUUCGAUAGCUUUAUUGCUGUCAACAUUACAACAUUAACCUAAGUUAAGUCUUUAUCAUAUAUGUAAAAUAAGUUUCUAUAAGGUUGUGAUACUUCAACAUAAAUCAAUAAUCUUGUGACAAGAAUUUCUUGAAUUUACCAGAACUUACUUAAAUCCUUAAAGCUUGUAGAUUUUUGUUAAAAAAAGAAUGUGGGGAUUUUUAUCAUAAUUAAACCAAAUUAUGAAGAUCAUAAUGUGAUAUUUCUCUUCUUAAAGUCUAACAAUUUUUUGUGGUCCCCUAGGGAUUUGGAAUAGGUGUUACCUGUAACAUGUAUGAGAGAAAUCAUUAUAUAAAGGCCACCUUAGGGGAACAAGAAAAGCGGUCUUCCUGGGCUGGCAGUCUUUAAAGACAGUUUCAUUAAUGCAUUUUUAAAUGGGAAAAUUAUUCAAAGGAACCCACACUUCCGGUCUUAAUUAUAUUAUAUUCAGGUAGUCAGUAAAGGCUUUUUCCCCUAACAGGUUGUACUUGCAAGUGCCUGCUGUCCAUUUGUAAAAAUGUGGGCAAAAUUUGAGGACGUGGUGAGUACCGCCUCCGUACAGAUUUGGGAGCAUGCAGACAGGACGUAGCACUUUCACUGAAUGAGGAACUUCUGCUGCGUGCGGACUAUGAUGGAUUCACUACCAGUAUGGGUGAUGCGCGUGCCCUGUACUGCCAAUGUUUAUUGCAUUUGCACAUACUCAAAACUUGAGAGCAAGGACACCUUAUGUGAGCAGCACGUGUAAGUACAGUCUCCGAACAAUGAUAUGGCAUUCGCAUGGAGAUUAUACCUCGUACAACCUACUUACCACUUGCCCAAAGUAAGAUGCACACAGCCACUCACAGCGAUGCGUUGAUGUACCCCUCCCUACUCUUGCCACUCCCUCACCUUUUUCAGAAAAUGGUGGGGCUGUAGCCUCCCCCAAACAAUGUACAGAAUAAAAACACACGGUGGGUCGUUUGACUCGUGUCAACAGCUUGAAAUUCCUCACCUAAAUGAUCCUUGCUAACACUCGAUAAUUGACAAGUGUUAUAUCUCGAUAAUUUUGAAUAAAAAAUAUACACAAA